AUGACGCGAUGUCAAUAUCGCAUCUUCGACAUUAAUCGCAUAAAGCUCAUCGCCAACGUCGAUGAUGUUAUAGCAACCAUCCGCUAUGGCAGAAACCGAAACGGUUCAACGACGAAGACCACGGUAGCUUGGAAUAUGCAAUCAAAGCAAAAAUUAAGAAUCCUCGACGAGUGGUACUGUAGUGAUGAUUCAGCACACGAACAACCUGAUUAUCACAUCCGGUCGCGUACCACAACUUUCGAGAACAUCAUUGCUUGCGAGCUCACGCAAGACGUUGCUAAAGGGUGCUCGGACGACAGAAAUAUCGAGACUCAGGGGACAGAUUGUCGGAAGUCGUUCCCACCUCACCUUGAUGAUAAUGCUACGGCAGAUGCAGAGCAUUGGGCUUACGUUGUCGUCACAUCCAACGUCGUCCUAUGCCUCUCACUAACAUUGACGAGCUUAAUCAAGCUCUGCCAUUACGACGUCGACGAGCACUAUAUGCUCGCUCUAAAUCUUGGUCAUCACAUGCAACUCAUGAGAGCACAGUGA